UGAAUUCUAAAUCUCUCAUUCACAACACUCAAAUCCUUCCCUGACAUCCAAAGCUUCUUCUUCUGUGUUUAGGUAUCUUCGGAGUUAGAGAAAGAGAAGUUUGACAGAGAAAUGGCAUCCACCUCAGCUGUUUCAAUGGCUAUGCCAUUAACAUCAUCAAGCCAGAAGAGGAGCAGCGUGUUGAGCUCAGAUGCUUCUUUCUUGAAGGCUAUGCCAUCAUUGAAGACAUCGAAAGCAGUUGCAUUAACUUCAUCAUCAAGAGUGAAUUCAAGGCUUCAAGUGAAGGCAUCUUUGAAGGAGAAGAUGGUUUCAGGCUUGACAGCCGCUACAUUGGCAGCAUACAUGGUUAUGCCUGAAGUUGCAGAGGCUGCGUCAGGAGCUUCUCCAUCUCUCACAAACUUUUUGAAAAGUAUUGUUGCAGGUGGAGUCGUAGUUGGUGGUAUCAUUGGUGCUGUUAUUGCCGUCUCAAACUUCGACCCUGUCAAGAGAACCUAGGGAUAUUUUUUCCUUUUGUUGUUUGUAAUUCUAUGAAUAUUGUUCUUGUGUGUUGUUUUAACGCUUAUAUAUGAUUUUAUUCUUCGCAAUGAAAGAUAUCUGUGUUCUUUAUUUA